ACCGCCGAUGGGCGGCAAUUUUUUAAAGGGAAACUGUGUGGUUGUUGAUUUGCCAAGGCUGCCGGUUCCUCUGCGGGUCCAACCUCUCGUGAAUCUGAAGCCCCUCCCAGCGCAGGUGGAGCCUUUCCAAGUCUGAGAUGUCCUUGGAGAUCCUUGAUUGACUGUAUUUAAGAGUGAAGUACUAUAAUGUGUGUUGGAGGGUGUUUGCACACAGGUGUGGCUGUUGACUGGUGGAUUCACCGUAGGAUUAUCAGCUGUAUCCAGCAUGCUCCAAGGCCACAGCCCUGUGUCCCAGGCCUUGCUGGGGACCUUCUUCACCUGGGGGAUGACGGCCGCCGGGGCAGCUCUUGUGUUCGUGUUCUCUAGCGGACAGAGGCGGAUCUUAGAUGGAAGCCUUGGCUUUGCUGCAGGGGUCAUGCUGGCCGCUUCCUAUUGGUCGCUCCUGGCCCCAGCGGUGGAGAUGGCUACGUCCUCUGGUGGCUUUGGUGCCUUGGCCUUUUUCCCUGUGGCCGUCGGCUUCACCUUCGGAGCUGCGUUUGUCUUCCUGGCUGACCUCCUCAUGCCUCAGAGGGGUGCAGCAGAAGACCCCCAGAUGGCCCUGGCGCUGAACCUCGACCCUGCGUUGACGAAGAAGUCUGAUGCUGAGGGUCCCAGGCUCCUCUUCCCCGAGAGUGAACUUUCCAUCCGGAUAGACAAGAGUGAGAACGGCGAGGCAUAUCAGAGGAAGAAGGCAGUGACCACCGACCUUCCAGAGGGCCCAGCUGCCCCCGUGCCGUCUCAGGGGAACCCGGUGCUGCCCGGCGGCAGCAGCUGGAGGAGGAUUACGCUACUCAUCUUGGCCAUCACCAUACACAACAUCCCAGAGGGUCUUGCUGUUGGCGUUGGAUUUGGGGCUGUAGAAAAGACGGCAUCUGCAACCUUUGAGAGCGCCAGGAAUUUAGCCAUUGGAAUUGGGAUCCAGAAUUUCCCGGAGGGCCUCGCCGUCAGCCUCCCGCUGCGAGGGGCUGGAUUCUCCACCUGGAGAGCCUUCUGGUACGGGCAGCUCAGCGGCGUGGUGGAGCCUCUGGCCGGGCUCUUUGGGGCCUUCGCCGUGGUGCUGGCGGAGCCCAUCCUGCCCUAUGCUCUGGCUUUUGCUGCCGGCGCCAUGGUCUAUGUGAUCGUGGAUGACAUCAUCCCCGAAGCCCACAUCAGUGGUAACGGGAAACUGGCAUCCUGGGCCUCCAUCCUGGGUUUUGUGGUGAUGAUGUCGCUGGAUGUUGGUCUGGGCUAGUUGCUGAAGUGCCUCGGACCCCGGGAAAGGCAGCACGAGGAAACGGCCGCGAUUGGCUUCUUCAGGACCACAGCCUAUUUCUUCACAUCAAAACGUUUUUCCUUUCUCUCCUUUUUGUCUCAUUACCCUGAUUGACUCUGAUCAUGACAAUUUUUAGUUUUCUUUUAAGGGAGAUCGUGGUUUUAUUUGGAAUUUCAGGUAGUCACGGAACUACAGAUUUUUGCUUGGCCACUACAUGGACUCUUUCUUCGGUGGGAAAACCAAGGACCUACAGAUCAGGGAAGUCUCUGCUUUUGUACCUUUGGUCUCCCCUCACUGGACUCCAUGGCUCCUCCUCAAGGUUACCUACAGAAGCAAGCUACCAAGAGAGACGUCUCCCAAGCAUCUUUGCCCAGUGACUCAGAGCAGAAUGGCCAGGACAGCUCUUGUCUGUCCUUCCCGAUCUUUUACGGUCGAUCUUCUGUCCGUCAAGACUGGAACAGGAGCAGCGUGGACAAAGCAACCUACUUCCCAAGGCCCAAGGAGGAACCUGCCUUCCUCUGCCUCCCCCAAGGGGGAGGCUGCCUGGGGCGAGACACAGACAAAGGGAAGAAAAGCAGCUAGUCUUUCUCUCUCUCUCUUUUUUUAAGGCAAAGAUUGACACUAUUGCAGUUAAGGGAAUUAGGACAACUGUGAACACACAGUGAGCCCUGUGAAGAGAGGACAGGGUGGAGCUCUGCUCAGAGACCUCUGCUCUCUCUGGAUUCCAAGAGCAAACCGGUUUGCCAUGGUUUCCAAGUCCCCCAGACACGUGUUUUGAUAAGCUUAUAGACUUCAUUUUUCUAAGAGACUUGGGGACACCAGCAAACUGCUAGAACCCAACCCCUUCAUUUGCUUACAGAGGGAGCCACUUCAGCUCA